AUGAAACGCAUCAUCCGUUACCUCAAAGGAACACUAAGCCACGGCCUGCGCUUGAACAAGUCAUCCUCAAAUGCUUUAACAGCAUAUACCGAUGCAGAUUGGACUGGCUGUCCCGACACAAGACAUUCGACAUCAGGCUACUGCGUCUACAUGGGUGAUAACCUAAUAUCUUGGUCCUCAAAACGCCAACCUACAGUCUCCCGCUCCAGUUCGGAGGCAGAGUACAAAGGAGUGGCAAACGUUGUGGCUGAAACUUGUUGGAUAAGGAACCUCAUGCUGGAACUUAAAAUCCUGAUUACUUCUGCAACAUUGGUCUACUGUGACAACGUAAGUGCGGUUUACUUGUCUACCAACGCAGUCAAGCAUCAAAAAACCAAACACAUCGAAAUUGAUAUUCAUUUCUUUCGUGAAAAAGUUGCUAUGGGUCAGGUCUGA